AUGUACUCAAACAUUGAUCGAUCUUGGUUCUCUAUCAAAGAAAACCAGAAAAAUCAUGAGAAGAUGCUUCCUAUGACAAUGAUGGCUUGCUCAAAAGGAUACAGCGAUUGUCUGAAAGUAUUAUUGGCAAACCAUGUUAAACCCGUUCCUGAUUGUAUCCAUAUUGCAAUUGGUUCAGGAUACAUUCAAUGUGUGAAAUUAUUGUUAGAAUGUGAUGACUUUGACAUUAAUCAACCUUCGGUAACCAUAGAGCCCAUGGUCACACCGUUGGUGAGUGCAUGUGUUUCGGGACAGGCCGAGGUCGUAAAACUAUUGCUCAACCACCCAAAGCAAAAAAUUGAUGUGAAUAGAGUGUCACCUAAAGUUCCUCUUCCUCUCCAUGCAGCCUGUAUGAAAGGUUAUGCCGACGUGGUUGAGAUGUUACUUUCUAAGGGAGCUGAUCCAACCUUACUGGAUAAUGUGGGAAAUAAUGCCUUUGUGUGUGCUGCUUUUGUAGGAAAUGAACGAAUUGUGAAUUUAUUAUUUGAUUACAUUGACGCCAAGUGCAAAACUAGAGAAGAAAAGUUGAAAUAUGCGCAGGCAAUCCUGACACCCACGACCAAUGUUUCAGGAAGCAACUCGAAAAUUACCUCUGCAACAUGCUUUGAUAUUGCCAGCAAUUAUGGUCACAUCAAUGUAUUGAAAGUAUUCCAACAACGAUGCAAACCAUAUGGCAUCAAUUUAGAGGUUCCAGAAGAAGCAAUGAAAACAUCUGAAAAGCGAGUGGAAGAAGCAAAAAGCAGCGCCAAGGCAGAAAGGAAAACUAAAAAACCAGAGCCAUCAUCAACCACAACACCAACCAUUAUUGGUGUUGCCUAUGAAAAUCAAGCUCAGUUAUUCGAAUUUAUGAAAUAG